AUGUCCGAAUCUCAAACUCAAGAGUCAGUCGUCUGGACGUUAGAUAACUUAAUACCAAAAGACUAUAACAAACACACAAUUCCUGUAAUUAAUGGCUCGCAGAUGACUAUAUCUAUUGGUAUUGAAGUCUUUGAUUUGGUUAGCGUUGUCGAGUCCGGACAGUAUUUUGUAAUGGAUUUUAAUUUUCAACAAAAAUGGAAAGACCACAGACUUGUGUUGCCUAUCAAUAUGCAAAGGGAUAGCAAUAUAAUACUGGACUCUUCGUGGGCGUCCAAGUUGUGGACUCCGGACACCUAUUUUAGCAAUGCUUUAGAAACGAAAAUUUUAAGUGUUUGCAAAAUGGAUUUGUCUCAAUAUCCACAGGAUAUUCAAUACUGUUCAGUCGAUAUCGCCAGCCGUAAUUUUAUUUAA